GGUGUUGUUUGGUGUUGAUGACAGUGUGUCUCGGGAUCAUUUGUGUUCUUCUGCUGGUCUUCAUCAUACUGCAGCACAUCUCCAUCACAGCAGAGAGAGAAUCUCUGUUCAAGAGUAACAAGAACACAGUCCAAGAGUUCAAUCAGACCAUCAACAGCUUACAGCACACUGAACUAAUGACUGAAAAAGACCAACUGAAGAACAACUUCAACUCUUUGAGUCAGAAGAAACUGGAGCUGGAGACCAGAGUCAAUGAUCUCACUGCUGAGGAAAACCAGUUACAGGGAAGUGUUGAUUCUUUGAAUCAGAAGAAACUGGAGCUGGAGACCAGAGUCAAUGAUCUCACUGCUGAGGAAAACCAGUUACAGGGAAGUGUUGACGCUUUGAAUCAGAAGAAACUGGAGCUGGAGACCAGAGUCAAAGAUCUCACUGCUGAGAAAAACCAGUUACAGGGAAGUGUUGAUUCUUUGAAUCAGAAGAAACUGGAGCUGGAGACCAGAGUCAGUGAUCUUACGGCUGAGAAAAACCAGUUACAGGGAAGUGUUGAUUCUUUGAAUCAGAAGAAACUGGAGCUGGAGACCAGAGUCAGUGAUCUUACGGCUGAGAAAAACCAGUUACAGGGAAGUGUUGAUUCUUUGAAUCAGAAGAAACUGGAGUUAGAAAGCAAAGUCACGUCUUUGAGUGAUGAAGUGAAGAUAAAAGGUUGUAAAGAAGAAUAUCUGUGGAAUCCAGAUGGUUUGUUUAUAUCCGAUGAGAGGAAGAGCUGGUCUGACAGCAGGCAGUACUGCAGGGAUCGAGGAGCUGAUCUGGUCAUUAUCAACACUGAAGAGAAGCAGAGGUUCAUAUCUUCUUUAGUCAAAGAGUUUGUGUGGAUUGGUUUGUCUGACAUUGAGAAUGAGGGCAACAUGAAAUGGGUGGAUAAUUCACCACUGAGACAAGGGUUUUGGGAAAGAAAUGAGCCGAAUGACGCUGGUAGAAAUGAGGACUGUAUUGAACUGAAUCCUGCAAAACCCGUCCUGAGCAACUGGAAUGACAUCUCAUGCUCAGUGAUGAGAAAAUGUGUUUGUGAGAAUUAACAUCUGUUCCUUCAUCUUCAUGAUAGUUUUGACUCGUAUCUUCCAGCUUCAUUAGUAGUAAUGAUUUCUGAUGAAGGUUACUGUCAGCAUUUAAUAAAUAACCUUAGGAUUAAUUUUAAAAAAAAAAUCUUUUUAUGUAAUUUUCAACCAAAUUAACAAUUUGAUCUCACAUGUACCACAUCACACAUCACAUGUAUCAUGAGCUCCCAUGAUACAUGUGAUGUGGUCACAAUUUGAGGUCACAGCUAGUGAUCUAAAAGUGUAACCUCAAAGCGCACUCAUUGUGUUCAUACUCUGGUCACAAUGUGUGGUCAAAGUGCACUCACUACACAAAGUACCCAGCAUGCAUUGCAGCAUGAAGCUUUUGAUUGUCAUCAUUGUUGAGAUUCAUACGCUGAUUCUUAAUGUCUCUUUGUGUCUAAAUAACACAGCAGUUCAAAAUGUUUGUGUCUUAUCAUGCUUUUAAAA